AUGCGCCUGUUUCUACGACGGCGUAUAUCCGCCCUAAAACUGGUCCUCCUUGGGGGGACUCUCUUCAUGGUGGUCCUAGUGGUUCUCCAGAGGGAUGUUGGCUCUUCGCCUGCUGGUGACCCCUGGUUUCAGGAGCUGGUGGACAAGAAGGAUAAGAUGAUCAUUAUGGUACAAGAGGCUGUGAACAACAUUGGCUUCCAGAUCGGAGCUCCGCAGAAUCCACCACCGGUACAGGUGCAGCCCACCGAGGAUGACAAAUGCCCUGCUGGGUUCUACACUCAGGCUGAGCUCAAACCUCACCUAGAGAGACCGCCUCAGGACCCCUUAAGCCCCGGGGCUGAUGGGAAGGCGUUUCAGAAAGACAACAUGUCCCCAGAAGAGGGUCAGGAAAAGGAGGAGGGUAUGAAACGGCACUGUUUCAACCAGUUUGCCAGUGACCGCAUCUCGCUCAGCCGUAGUCUUGGUGACGACACAAGGCCUCCAGAGUGCGUGGAGAGAAAGUUUCGUCGCUGUCCUCCUCUGCCAACCACCAGUGUUAUUAUUGUCUUCCACAAUGAGGCUUGGUCCACCCUCCUCAGGACGGUCUACAGCGUUCUGCACACAGCACCUGCUCUCCUGCUCAAAGAGAUCAUCUUGGUAGAUGAUGCCAGUGUUGCAGAGCACCUGAAGAGCCCUCUGGAGGAACAUGUGCGUCAACUGAAGAUUGUGCGCGUAGUGAGGCAGCUAGAGAGGAAGGGCCUCAUCACUGCCAGGCUGCUGGGUGCCAGUAUCGCUCAGGGCGAAGUGCUAACCUUUCUCGACGCGCACUGUGAGUGUUUCCAUCGUUGGCUAGAGCCCCUGUUGGCCCGCAUUGUUGAGGAACCCACUGCUGUGGUUAGUCCAGAUAUCAGCUCCAUUGACCUCAACACCUUUCAGUUCAACAAGCCUGUGGCCUCCAACCGCGCUUUUAACCGAGGGAACUUUGACUGGAGCCUGACAUUCGGCUGGGAGGCAAUCCCUGAGGAUGCGAAGAAGCUGCGCCUUGAUGAAACCUACCCUGUAAAAACACCUACUUUUGCUGGAGGUCUCUUUUCAAUCUCGAAGAAGUACUUUGAACACAUUGGAACGUACGAUGACAAGAUGGAGAUCUGGGGUGGUGAAAACGUGGAGAUGUCGUUCAGGGUGUGGCAGUGUGGGGGUCAGCUCGAGAUCCUCCCUUGUUCCGUGGUGGGGCAUGUCUUCCGUACCAAGAGCCCCCACACCUUUCCCAAGGGCACAGAGGUCAUCACUCGCAACCAGGUGCGCCUGGCUGAGGUCUGGAUGGAUGACUACAAGAACGUCUUCUAUCGCCGCAACAAGAAUGCUGCAGUUAUGGCCAGCGAGAAAAAGUUUGGGGACAUUUCUGAUCGUCUGAAUCUUAGAGAGAAGCUUCAGUGCAAGAACUUCACCUGGUACUUAAACACAGUCUACCCAGAGGCCUUUGUCCCUGAUUUAACCCCACUAAAAUAUGGAACAAUUAGAAACUCAGGAUCUAAAACCUGUCUAGAUGUUGGAGAGAACAACAUUGGAGAUAAACCUAUGAUCAUGUACCAGUGUCACAACAUGGGAGGAAACCAGUACUUUGAAUACUCAUCUCAUAAGGAGCUGCGUCAUAAUAUUGGAAAGCAGCUGUGUCUUCAUGCCACACCCCAGCCAGAUCCAGUGAAGAUCGAGCUAUGCCAGCUGAAGGGGAAGGGCACCAGUGUGGCACCACAACAGGAGUGGGUCUUUUCAGAGGAAAAUCUUUUGAAGAAUCCUAGUAGUGGGAAAUGUUUACAGCUGAAAGGAGACAAAAUUCAGAUGGACCAAUGUAAUGCUGCUGACCUCUACCAGCACUGGACCUUCAGCUGACCUCCAAGUCUGCCCAUCAUGUGACCUUUGGCACAUUGUGUCCCGUUCCUCAGACUGAGCUGACAGAGCCAGCUGAACAUUGAUCCAGAAGGGCUCCACGCUAUGAAAUUGUGGCACGUGGACAGUUAAAGAUAGAGGACAAAGAAGAGAAAGUUGCUGUUGAAGACACUCGGAUUGGCCUUAACUUGUUUUAAAUUUAUUUAUGAUGGAAAAUCAAAGACAUUUAAAGGUGGCUGGGGGCUGACUUUGGGGUAAGGGCUGGGAACUGAAAUGAACUUAUUUUAGUAAAUUUACACUCUAGCUUGAAAAAAAAAAUCACUAUUUAGUGAAUUUAUUUUGUAUGAUGAUGAUGAUGAAUGAUAAAUGUGACGAUAUGCACAAGUCUACUAAAGAGCAAGAUAUGUCUGUUUUAAAAAAAAUAAAACGUAUUUGUUGUGUUAA